CCGAGUCAGUAAAGGACGGUAACACUAAUCAGCUGUCAGUUCAAUGUUUGUUUAUUUGGCGAUGCACUUUAAAUCGAGUAGCAAUAACAAUAAACAAAAUGAAUGAAGAAAGACGAUUCGUAUGCAUCAAUUGCGGACAUAGGGUUAAGGAACUAUUCAAGAAAUAUAGCAAUACCCUAAAAACCACUAACUGCGAAAAAUGCCAUCAGGUUGCUGAUAAAUAUAUCGAAUUUGAGGAAUUUAUUAUACUUAUUGAUGCCUUGCUUCUGGACUCCUGCGCCUUUCGCCACAUAAUAUGUAAUGGAGAUUUCAAGUUGUAUUGGAAGAUCUCUUUGGUAGUCCUGCUCCUAGAAUCCUUUGCCCUUUGUCGCCAAAAAACAGCCGAUCCUCCAAACACGGCAUUACAUGUCCACGAAAAGGGAUUCUAUGCGUAUACAUUACAAAAUAUCGGAGACUAUCUGUUUAUGACUCUAUUGCUUUUAAUAAUUACUGCAACACUCAGCUUUAAUUGGGUAAAAAAAAUUGGACUUCGCCAUUUCACCUUAACCAUCUUCAAAGUGGUUUUAAUAUCCAACUUGUCGAAGUUUUUUCUUUUACCAAUUUUAAUCUGGAGGAACAACACUACUGUAUUUGGACGCAGCUUACAUCAUGUCCUUGUCAUGGGUCAUCACUUUUUUUCUUUGAUCCUUGCGUACGAAUCAGUCGUGGUCAGAAGAAAGUCCCUCCGUUGGAUAGGAAUAAUAUUAGUUAUUCUUGCAUUUGUGCUUAAGGAGUAUUUAAGACAAUAUGCCACAUUCUUGAUGGAUGUCAAUAUAAUGUGA